GUUAGCUUUAACUGCCUUCACUAACAUGAAACUUGUGCCUUGUGCAUAUAUAAAAACUCCCAACCCCGCAACAAACAAAAGCUCCCCACUUCUAGUUCUUUAUGGUAAAAACUAAAUAGUGGUUCUUAGAUUUUGGAGAAAAAUGGCUAUCAAUGCUCCUUCUUGCAGGUUGAUAUUCAAGAUCAAAGAUUCAGCUAUGAAUGGGGCUUCCCAUUUUCAAUACAAUGAUGAGCUUAAACCGGUUGAAACCAAUCAAAUCCCACUUUCUUCCAUUAGUUAUAAGGCUCAAGGUACGAAGUGGAGAAGAAUCAAAGCCAUGAGAUCUCCAACAGUUUCAGCCCCAAAGCGCGAAUCAGACCCUAAGAAAAGGAUUGUGAUAACCGGAAUGGGCCUUGUUUCAGUCUUUGGAAACGAUAUAGACACCUUCUACAACACCCUCCUCGAGGGACGUAGCGGAAUCGGCCCAAUAGACAGAUUUGACGCUUCAGAUUUCUCCGUUCGGUUUGCCGGCCAAAUUCACGGCUUCACCUCCGACGGCUACAUUGAUGCCAAAAACGACCGCCGUCUGGACGACAGCUGGAGAUACUGUCUCGUCGCCGGCAAGAGAGCUCUUGACGACGCUAGCCUCGGGAAAAAUGUUCUAAAAGAUAUGGACAAAAGUAGGAUCGGAGUGGUGAUAGGUUCGGGAAUGGGAGGGUUGGGUGUGUUUGGGAGUGGGGUCCAAGCCUUGGUUGAGACUGGGUACAGGAAAAUAAGCCCCUUUUUCAUUCCUUAUUCCAUCACAAAUAUGGGGUCGGCUUUGUUAGCCAUAGAGGAGGGGCUAAUGGGGCCCACCUACUCCAUUUCCACCGCUUGCGCCACCGCCAACUACUGCUUCUACUCCGCCGCGAAUCACAUCCGGCAGGGCGAGGCUGAUGUCAUGGUGACCGGUGGGACCGAAGCCGCCAUCACAACAACCUCGGUUGGCGGGUUUAUAGCUUGUCGGGCGCUGUCUCAACGAAAUGAUGAGCCAGGAAAGGCGUCUAGGCCGUGGGACAAGGAUCGCGAUGGGUUUGUCCUAGGUGAAGGAUGUGGUGUUUUGGUAAUGGAAAGCUUGGAUCAUGCCAUGAAAAGAGACGCUAAUAUAAUCGCCGAAUACUUAGGAGGGGCAAUAACUUGUGAUGCCCAUCACAUGACAGAACCGCGAUCAGACGGACUUGGUGUUUCUUCUUGCAUAACUAAGAGUUUGACAGAUGCCGGUGUCUCCCCGGAAGAGGUGAACUACAUCAAUGCUCAUGCAACAUCAACUGUGGCUGGAGACUUGGUUGAAGUCAAUGCUAUUAAAAAGGUGUUUAGGGAUACAAGUGAGAUUAAGAUGAAUGGAACCAAGUCAAUGAUUGGUCAUGCACUAGGGGCUUCUGGUGGUCUUGAAGCUAUUGCAACCAUCAAAGCAAUCACUAGAGGAUGGGUACACCCAACUAUUAACCAAUAUAAUUUGGAACAUGAAGUUACCAUUGACACUGUUCCAAAUGUCAAGAAGCAACACAAUGUUAAUGUUGCUAUUUCUAACUCGUUCGGCUUUGGCGGACAUAACUCAGUGGUAGUGUUUGCACCAUUCAAACCCUGAACAACCAUAACUCGAACUCUUUAUUGUGUGUAGGCCUUCACUUUAUAUAGGCUUCCACUUUUCUGGUUGCUUUUAUCACAAAGCUCAUAUACAAGAAUAUCAAUAUAAUAAUUAUUGAAUAAGGUCCAUGUAUGAAUGUGAGAUAUAAAAUUGUGUAUUUUUGUUGAAUAAUUGUUCUUUUUCGC